UCUGCCACUGACACCCCCUCUGCAGUACCGAGUCCAUCAGACACAGCAGCAGCUCCAGUUCCAGCUCCAGCUCCACUCGUUUGCGGCAUUGCGGAUCAGAGCAGAGUGCAGCUGAACCAGGACAUUUGACAAUCAGCGCAGCCUGUGCCAUCGCCAUCCCUCUGCAUUGAACACAUCCAAAUCCCACACAAGAGAGAGGGAGAAAGAGAGAGAGAGAGAGAGAGAGGGAGAGGAGGGGGGCGGGAGGGUAAAAAUAAAAUUGACCAAGCAACAAGCAAGACAAUGCCCAGGGAGUUAACGCGGAACCCAAUGCAGAAAAUCUGGAUCCCUUACAAGGAUGAACGACCGGCAUUGCCACCUCGACCAUCUGUACCACACCUCACCAAUUCCCCCACUGUGAUUGUGAUGGUGGGAUUGCCAGCCCGGGGAAAGACCUAUAUUGCUAAGAAACUGACUCGCUACCUCAAUUGGAUUGGAGCCCCAACGAAAGUUUUUAAUGUUGGAGAGUACCGUCGAGAGGCUGUAAAAUGGUACCGAUCUUAUGACUUUUUUCGCCACGACAAUGAAGAUGCAAUGAAGAUUAGAAAGCAGUGUGCCUUAGCAGCCUUAAGAGAUGCAAAAUCUUACCUUACUGAGGAAGGUGGCCAGAUUGCGGUUUUUGAUGCUACAAAUACCACCAGGGAGAGGAGGGAGAUAAUCCUCAACUUUGCCAAAGAAAACAGAUGGAAGGUGUUUUUUGUGGAAUCUGUUUGUGAUGAUCCAAGUGUGGUGGCUGCAAAUAUUAUGGAUGUGAAAGUGUCCAGUCCAGAUUACAUGGAUUGUAACAGAACUGAUGCAAUGGAAGAUUUCCUGAAGAGAAUCGAAUGCUAUAAAGCAACGUAUCAGCCCUUGGACCCAGACAGUUAUGACAAGGAUCUGUCAUUCAUCAAGGUGAUUAAUGUAGGCCGGAGGUUCCUAGUAAACCGGGUGCAAGAUCACAUCCAGAGCAAAAUAGUCUAUUAUUUGAUGAACAUUCAUAUCCAACCUCGUACAAUCUACUUGUGUCGCCAUGGGGAAAGUGAAUACAACCUCCAAGGCCGAAUUGGUGGUGAUUCUGGUCUCUCAUACAGAGGAAAGAAGUUUUCCACAGCACUUAGCACAUUUCUGGAGGAACAGAAUCUUAAGGAUCUGAAGGUUUGGACUAGCCAAUUGAAACGAACCAUCCAAACGGCAGAGGUUUUGGGUGGUCGGUAUGAGCAAUGGAAAGCACUGAAUGAAAUAGAUGCUGGUGUAUGUGAAGACAUGACAUAUGAAAAAAUAAAGGAACAGUACCCUGAGGAAUAUGCAUUACGUGAACAAGACAAAUAUUAUUACCGCUACCCAACUGGUGAGUCCUACCAAGACUUGGUGCAACGUCUGGAACCUGUUAUCAUGGAACUGGAGAGACAGGGGAAUGUCUUGGUCAUCUGUCACCAAGCUGUCAUGCGCUGCCUCCUUGCAUACUUUCUAGAUAAAAGUGCAGAUGAGCUACCGUAUCUAAAGUGUCCUCUUCACACAGUAUUAAAGCUGACUCCAUUUGCAUAUGGCUGUAAGGUUGAAUCUAUCUUUUUGAAUGUGGAGGCAGUAAACACACACAGAGAUCGACCAGAGGACAUUGGUAAGAAGGGAUCUAACCCACUCAUGCGUCGCAAUAGUGUUACCCCCUUGGCAAGCCCAGAGCCCAACAAAAAGCCGAGGAUUGAAGGCCUAGAGGACCAUGUGGCCUCAUCUUCCUCAGCCAUGCCUGUCUGCCUGGCCUCUGAAGUGUCCACAGCCCUGCCUGGACAAAUGGUGAAUGAAAUGCCAAGAUCUUCAGAUGCUGUGGUGACACUCUCGACCCAAGAAUGAAACCUUCCUUUCUAGUUUCUAAGGCUGCAUUAUAUUUCGAUCCCCCACUCCCCCUGCCUGGUCCCUUCCCACAUUGAGGAAACAUUGGAUUUCUUGGCUUGGAUCUCCAUCGCUAGUGAGAUAUUCAGUGAUCCAUUAGAGAAAAUGGGAGAGAAUAUGGAUUGUAGACUUUGACAGAAAGGACCUUGACCAUUCUCACUGUUGACUGUAAUAUGAAUGUCUUGCUACUGUAAUAAUGUGCAAGUGCUUUUAGUGAACAAAACUUGUUCUUCGGUUUGUAAAUACUUAGUAAAUCUCGUUGGAGGGAUAUAUUGAACUGUUCGUGUGUGUGUGUAUAUAUAUGAUGUAAAUAGUUGCAUAAUGAGGGUUGAAUCUAAUUUUUCAAUGCUUCAGCAUUCAUGAGUCAUACGACCAUUAAAUGUAUGAAUGCUUCUGGUCCUGAAAUUGACACUAUGAAAUUAAGAGGACUUUUGUGUGAUCAGUUUAAAUUCGUAAUGCUGAAGCUCUUAAUGAAGUUGGCACUCGGCGCUUCUGAAAUAAGUGCCCAAGUAUUGUAUGGGGGAGAAACUGGGAUUGCCAUUACUGUUUGACCAAAUUUUUGUUUUUUUUAGAUUUUUAUUUGUCUGAUAUUUCACUAUUUUUGUGAAAUGCUGAUCUUGUGUUCCAAAAUGGCUGCUGGUUUUAUAACUGCAAACCCUGGAGCCAUAAGCACGGUGUGACAGAUCAGACCUGUCAAACUUUAAUUAUUUUAAAGUACCUGUUUGCACAUCAUUGUGAAAUGCCAUUUUUUUUGUGUAGAAACGUUAAAACUUGAAAUGGGUUUCCAGUUCUGCUUAGAUUUGAGAAGAUGCACAUUUAGUGCUCAAAAACGAGGAUUUAAAAGGGAAGAUGUUAGUUCCUAAAUGUUGGAGGACAGCAUUGAAACUUCCAAGUUAAGGUCAUGCUUAUUAAUUCCGUAAGAUAUUAUGGACUCCAUCACCUGCAUAAAUCAGUGAUGAUGUCUCUGAAAGUCCAGACUUGGAUAACAGAAUUCUACCUGAUAUGUAAUGAUCACUGAUGUGCAUCCUUGGGCCACAGUUGGCGUGUGUGUGUCUGUGUGUGUGUGUCUGUGUGUGUGUGUCUGUGUGUGUGUGUCUGUGUGUCUGUGUGUCUGUGUGUCUGUGUGUGUGUGUGUCUGUGUGUCUGUGUGUGUGUGUGUCUGUGUGUGUGUCUGUGUGUGUGUCUGUGUGUGUGUCUGUGUGUGUGUCUGUGUGUCUGUGUGUCUGUGUGUCUGUGUGUCUGUGUGUCUGUGUGUCUGUGUGUGUGUGUGUGUGUGUAAUCUCUGCUAAUGGAACAGUGUCAGCUGGUAAUUCAGUAUAUUAAUGAUUUGAACUAAAAAUUUUGUUACCAAUUACUUCAAACUACCAGAUUAUUUAAACAUUCUAUCUCAUGUAUACAGUCUACUGAUAGCAGUGCUACUGGCUCAGAGCAGCAAAGGAUUCUGGUCUUACCAAAGGAUCUAGUUUUGUUUAAUGUGCUCUAAGUCUUUCAUUUAAACUAUGUCUGUUACAUUAGCUGAUAUGUGGGAUGGUAAAACCGCAGUGCCUAGUGUGUUUGUCUUGCACAGCAUAAAUCUUAAGUUUAGCAGUAUUGGCGAGGAGGCUUGAAGCUGUACUUGACGUGUAGUCUACCAGCAUGAUAACCACAUUCUAUCCCUUUGAGAUAAAUGCGUUAUUGCACAAGUUUUAUUUAUCUGAUUUUACUUUUUGGGGUGGGUGGGGAUGGUUUAAGUGGGGGCUAGGGUUUCUUCUGUGUACCCGCUGAAUACAGCUUUAGUGGAUACUGGAUUUAAUUGCGUUCACCAAAAUGUUUUCUGUAGUAAAUGUUCUCAUUCCAGUUGAAUGGCAUCAUUAUUUUCUGAUUUAAAAUGGCUGAGUAAACCCAAAGCUUGGGGGGGGCCAAACCAAGCAGACUGUUUGUUUAAUUUUUGUCGUUUAUUGUUGAAUGUUAGUUUUUUUUUGUAUUUUGUAGUACUGUUUCUGUUCUGACACAUUUAUUUAAGAGAGUUCAGAGCUUGGAAAAGGCUUUCCAUCUCAAACUGCGUGGCAUGUUGCAUCUACUGUGUAUGUAUGUAUUGCCUUUUUCCUGAGGGAAAACAACUAGGUUAUGCCAGCAGAAGUAUACAGGGUACAUCUUUCCAAUUAUGUAUAUUUUGCAGUUGCUGGACCAAUAAUAAAAAAUGUUAACUUAA